UAAAAAGAUAGGAAACAAAAAAAUAUCAAAACAAAACGGAAUUUCCAAUUGACGAGCAGAACAGCCAGCCGGCAAUAUCGCCGUACCAUAAUUUUUUGAUAAAGAAAAAAAAAAUGUUUUUUUUUUUCUUCACUCUAAAUCCACUUUUAUAAGCUAGAGUAUAAAGUCUGUUUUGAUUUAGUCGCUAUUUAAAUCUCAGUGAUGAAAGAAGUAAAAAAUUAAAUACAAUGAAAUAUUUUAAAUCAUAUAAAAAAAAUUAAAAACAACAAUAAAACAAAAAUUUAAUUAAUCUACUAAGACAAUAAAAGAUAGUGAGAAAAAAAGUGCAAAAUUGUGAAUUAAAAUUAAAACAAGAGAAAAAAAAGCAAAAGAGAAUAAAAAGAGAGCCUGUUUUUUUUUAUUUUUAAUUCAACAUUCUUUUUUUAAUUUAUUUUAAAAAUAUAUAAAAAUUUUAAAUAAAUUUCUAAAAAAAAAAAUAGAAAAUAGAAAUUAUUUAAAAAAAAAUAUAAAAAAUAGUUAAAUUUAUAAAAUAAAUAUCUACUAUUCUAUUUAAGGAUAUUUAAUUGGAUGAUAAUUAUCUUAAAAUAACCAGUAACAAGCUAUAUAUAGUGUAUAUCGUUAUCAGUAUAUACAGAAUAUAUAUAUAUGCAUACAUAAAUUGUUUAUCACGCUGCUAAAAUUUGUAAACAUAAAAGGAAAAGAGAAGAAAAAUUAACCUAUAUUUUCACGACAAAAAUAAUAUCGAAUUUUUCGUAUAAGAUCCUUGCAAAAAUAUAUAUAUUCAUCAAUAUUUAAAAGAAGUUCGAAUAUAAUCUGUUAUAUGCAAGCAUACGUGUAUGAAUGUUUAUUAAAUCGAAAAAAUUAUAACAUAGAACAAGAUUAUACGUUGGAAGGAAGACAAACAAAAGAAAAGAAGGAUAUUCUGACAUACAUAAAUAAAAAUAUAAGAACAUAAUUUAGGAAGAAAAAAAUAUAAAUCAAAAUAAAUUUGCCAUCAACAAAAAUAAAUUAAAUUCAUUAAAACUUGUUAAAUAAUUUAUGAGAUUUUCCCACUUUACUUUUUAAAUCUUUUCAAUUUUUUUCUGCUACUUUGGAAGUUGAAUCUCAAUUAAUUUAAUAUUAUUUGUUAAAUAAAUACAAAAAUUAGGGUAUAAUAUCAAAAAGUAUAGUUAUACAUAUCCACAAUCAGUGAUUUACAUACAUAUACAUUACGUAUGUGUAUAACAAAUAAUUAUUAUAAAACAGCAACAGUUUUAUAAUUAAAAUCAACAGUAUAAUAAUAUUCAAAUUAGAACUUAAUAAUAAUAAUAAUUAUAAUUAUAAAAUAAGAAAUUAAGAACAUCAUAUCCAUCCUAUAUAAUAAAAUUUACAAUGUCUUCUUAUACAUUUACAUUAGCAGCUCUUCUAUUAUCAUUAACAUUAUUUAAUAAUUUAAAUUUAUAUGCAAAUGCUAAAAAUGUAUAUUCACCAUGUGGUGCAUAUAUUAAAGAUCAAUCAAUUAUUGAACCAUUUUUUGAAAUUUAUAAAUUAAAUGGUAUUAGAAUAUCAAUACCAAUGUUAGAUUUUGGUAUGAAAAGUUUUAAAUUUCAUGCUAAUAUAAAUGAAUUAAUAUCAUUAGAUGAACCUGGUACAAUAAAUGGUGAAGCAAAAUAUUCAAAAUAUACAAAUCAAUGGAAUAUAUAUUUAGAAAAUCAUAACCUUAAUGUUGGAGAUCGAAUAAAUUAUUGGUAUGAAAUAAAUAUAAAUGAUACAACAAAAAGAUAUCAAAAAGUUAUGCCGUAUAUUGUACAAUAUUUAAUACCAGUGCCACCAAAUUUUCAUAGUUAUCAUGAAUCACCAGAAAUUAUUACAACCACACUAAGUACCCCAAUUGAAUAUGAAAGAACAACUACUAGACCAACAUGUUCGAUUCAUUGUAAUACCGAUGAAAUUAGAAAACUCCAAAAUGAAAUUUCUUUUCUUAGAAACGAAUUAAAUAAAGUACAACAAGAUUUUAUUGUAAUAACACAAGAAAUAGAUACACUCAAAAAGAAAAUUCAAUAUGAAAAUAUUGAUGAAAAUAUUGAUAAUGAAUCUACAGAAUUAUUAUUGACAAGUAAAAAACCAUUUCCAUAUAAUAAUGCUAUCGAUGAUGUUAGAUUUAUAAUAUCGGAAAAAUUACAUCAAUCUAAUUUAGAAUUAAAAAUUGUUCAAGCUAGAUAUACCCGUUGUGGUAUUUUAUUUGAAAUGAUAUCACCAAAUGUAAAACGAUUCUUAUUAUCACAGGCACAGAAAAAUUUUUCAAAAAAUUACCAUAUACAAAUUAAGGAACCAAGUGAAGUUAAUAAUUGUAUUGAUGAUAAAACAGCUGAAGAUGAAAAUGAUGAAGAUAUUUCAAUUCAUUCUCGUAUUGAUUAGGAAUAAAUUUUAGAAAUAUAUAUUAUAUAAGUAUAUAUAAAUAGUAUUUAUUUUAUUAUAUAAGUUAAUAAUUAUAAGUAAAAUUAAAAAAAAUUAAUUCUAAAGUUUGUUA